AUGCCUCCCAAACCUGCGAAAGGCGAAUACAUUGAAACCGACACUGGCAACAAAAUAUCUCGACGCUCGCUCAUCCACGGCACCCAACACAUCAUCCUCGGCGGAAAAACCGUCAUUCAGGCCGAUGCAGUCAUUCGCGGUGAUCUAUUCCGCGUACAUACGGCCUCUUCACAAUCCACUGGCGAAGACGGGACUCCUGCACCAGCACCAAGUAACGCACCGUCCAUUGCGAUAACCGUCGGGCGAUACACGUACAUCUCGCGCUCAGCGAUUCUGCACCCUCCCUCGCGUUUACAUCGUGGCAUACACUCGUACUAUCCGCUGAAAAUGGGGGAUCAUGUGUUUGUCGGAGAGAGGUCGGUUGUCGAGGCCGCGCAAGUGGGGAAUCAUGUACACAUUGGUAAUGAUGUGGUUGUCGGAAAUAUGGUGAUUAUUAAAGACUUUGCAUAUGUUUUGGACGGUGCUGUUGUGCCGGCUGGAAUGGUUGUGCCGAGUUUUUGUGUUGUUGGCGGGAGUCCGGCGAGGAUUGUUGGGGAGGUGGGUGAGGGGUAUGGAGUUGAAGGGGCUGAGGGUGGGAUGGCGAGGGAGAGAUAUAAGCUGGUUGGAAGAUAA